AUGGCAAAAGGUACGUGACAUUUUGUUACAAUCUUAUCCUUGGACGAUGUGGUUGAAGUUUCGCCGUGGCAGCCACGGGGGGAAACUAAGUAACUAUUAAUGAUUGUUCCGACUGUCAAUCAGUGUGGUACAAAGUAUCCCAACUGUAACAAUUGGUAUGUUGGCCUACAUGAUGGGGAUGACAAACCUACAGCUCGGUUUGGUCACCAUUUUUUGGGGGUUUGUUUAAUAUCAAGGAAGUGCAGUCGUUGACUGAAGAACACGAAAGUGGCAAUGCUGACAUUUUAAAAUUGAGUCUCUUUUCCACUUUCCAUUAGCGCAUAUUUUUGUAACAUUGUUGGUUUUCUAAUACGAUCUUAUCAAUACACGUUUUGCGGAUGUAAUUGUGUGGAUCACGGAGUAAUUGUCGGGUCAUUGUGCUUUGCUGUUGAUCAUGCCGCGUUCAAAACAACUGGAAACUCGGAAAUCUCUGACUUCAGUGCUUUCAAGACCACUGGGAACUCGAAAAACUAGCUCCGACUGGGAAAAAUCGUUUUGAACGGUCAUCCCACUCGGAAUUCCAAGUCGGGAACUCAGACCUCGUUCUAGAGUACCUACUUUCCGACCUAAAGAUCUCUUAGGUCAUGAUUUGACCUCUUAUUUGUCCGAGUUCCCAGUUGUCUUGACAGCACCAUCAGUCUCGUCCUAGUAGAAACAUAUUUGCACGUAGGCUGCGCUCUGUGCCUAGUGGCCGCAUCUCUGUAGACCGCUAGAAGUAUCAUUUAUUCAUUGAAUUAGUGUUCCAUGUUAAACUCAAUGUCCUAAUUUCCUGACUCUCUAAACUUCAAAACUUUAAGUACCUUUUACUCUGUUGAUGUGAUAUUAUAUUUCUGAAGGUAUUGCACAGUGCACUCUAAUAUGACAGUUAUAAAUGUUUCUGGCAAAAUUUCAAUAGUGAAAGGUGACGUCCUGUCUGUCCACAGGAUUUCUGAAAGUUGCAAGUCAUCCCUUGGUCAUCUGCCUUUCUAAGAGUGGCGAUGAUAUUAAAUCUUCCUCUAUAACGAACAAAAAUAGGAGCGCAACAAUUUCAAAGAUUUUACUGAGUUACAGUUCAUUUAAGGAAAUCAGUAAAUUGAAAUGAUUUCAUUAGGCCCUAAUCUAUGGAUUUCACAUGACUGGGAAUAGAGAUAUGCAUCUGUUUGUCACAGAUACCUGAACAAGAAAAAAGGUAGGGGCGUGGAUCAGAAAACCAGUCAGUAUCUGGUAUGACCACCAUUUGCCUCAUGCAGCGCGACACAUCUCCUUCUCAUAGAGUUGAUCAGCUGUUGAUUGUGGCCUGUGGAAUGUUGUCCCACUCUUCAAUGGCUGUGUGAAGUUGCUGGAUAUUGGCGGGAACUGGAACACGCUGUCGUACACAUCAAUCCAGAGCAUCCCAAACAUGCUCAAUGGUGACAUGUCUGGUGAGUAUGCAGGUCAUGGAAGAACUUACAUUUUCAGCUUCCAGAAAUUGUGUACAGAUCCUUGCGACAUGGGGCUGUGCAUUAUCAUGCUGAAACAUGAGGUGAUGACGGCGGAUGAAUGGCACAACAAUGGGCCUCAGGAUCUCGUCACGGUAUCUCUAUCCAUUCAAAUUGCCAUGAAUAAAAUGCAGUUGUGUUCGUUGUCCGUAGCUUAUGCCUGCCCAUACCAUAACCCCACCGCCACCAUGGGGCACUCUGUUCACAACGUUGACAUCAGCAAACCGCUCGCCCACACAACGCCAUACACGUGGUCUGCAGUUGUGAGGCCAUUUGGACAUACUGCCAAAUUCUUUAAAACAAUGUUGGAGGCGGCUUAUGGUAGAGAAAUGAACAAUAAAUUAUCUGGCAACAGCUCUAGUGGACAUUUCUGCAGUCGGCAUGCCAAUUGCAUGCUCCCUCAACUUGAGAUAUCUGUGGCAUUGUGUUGUGACAAAACCGCACAUUUUAAUUGGCCUUUUAUUGUCCUCAGCACAAGGUGUUAUGAUCAUGCCGUUUUAAUCAGCUUCUUGAUAUGUCACACCUGUCAUGUGGAUGGAUUAUCUUGUCAAAGGGGAAAUGCUCAAUAACAGGGAUGUUAACAAAUUUGUGGCCAACAUUUUAGAGAAAAGCUUUUUUAUGUUUAUGGAUUAUAAUUUUUUUUCAGCUCAUGAAACAUGGGACCAACACUUUGUUGCGUUUUAUAUAUGUUUUUCAGUAGGUUGAGGCCUAAAGGCUAUCGUCUUUCUGUAGCCCGUUCAUAGAAGCUAACUUGAUGGAUUGUUCUAGACCAACUGGCGUUACUAUACCCAGGGGAUUGUUCUGGACCAACUGGCGUUACUAUACCCAGGGGAUUGUUCUGGACCAACUGGCGUUACUAUACCCAGGGGAUUGUUCUAGACCAACUGGUGUUACUAUACCCAGGGGAUUGUUCUGGACCAACUGGUGUUACUAUACCCAGGGGAUUGUUCUGGACCAACUGGUGUUACUAUACCCAGGGGAUUGUUCUGGACCAACUGGCGUUACUAUUGUUUUACUGACUAGUCAAGACUGCUGAUAUUAACUGCCAGGGUUUAGAUUUGGCAUUAUAAUAACAUGAUUCUAUUUUGUCCUUUUGCAUUACAAUCAAUCCAUUGUUGAUACUUGAGUUCAUGGGCAAUUUUAUAGAUUUUCCUGUAUGGCAAAGUUGACGUCAAGCCCUUGGCCAUUCUGUGUGGCGUGCUGACAUUGUUAAAACAACUGCCAUAAUUCCCUCACUGAAGUCAUCUGUUACGGUCUUUUCUCCAGCGACCAUAUAAAUGAACACUAAGGCUUUUGUUUUGAUACCGCAGUUAUGAGAUGGAACGUUCCGUCAUGCCUGACGUAGCUGUUGUUUUGGGAAGGUUUGAAUAGUGUAGGGCAGGUUUAUGCAACCCUGGUCCUGGAGUGCCUCGGGCGCUUCACGUUUGGAUUUAUCCGACCUGGAAGACCAGGUGUGUCGAAUUUAGGCAAUCACUGAUCAAUCAGCUCAGUUGGUCAGGUGUGGUGCCUAGUUGGAACAAAAUCCUGCAGUACCUGCGGCACUCCAGGAACAGGGUUGCCUACCCCUGGAGUAGGUUAUAGCAAUUAAGUAAAUUUACCGCUGAUGGAUUCACACCAUUUGAACCUAAACAAACUGCUCAUUUCCAAGUUGUUAUUAAUACGUUCUGUCCCCCAUCCAGACCAGGCUUUUGUGACGCUGGCCACCAAUGACAGCUAUGCCAGGGGAGCCAUGGUGCUGGGCAAGUCCCUGAGGAACCACAAGACAACCAGGAAGCUGGUGGUGAUGAUCGGACCCCACGUCUCUGACCCCUGCAAGUAAGAACCUUUUUCACUUCCCAGUGACAACUGUUAUUACCAACGUCCUAGAGUGAAACCGUGGUCCUCUGUAGCUCAACUGGUAGAGCACGGCGCUUGUAACACCAAGGUAGUGGGUUCGAUCCCCGGGACCACCCAUACACACAAAUGUAUGCACGCAUGACUGUAAGUCGCUUUGGAUAAAAGCGUCUGCUAAAUGGCAUAUUAUUAUUAUUAUAAACUGGUGCCUUUAUGAUGCCCUCGACUGGGUAGUGUAACCUAUGACCUUUUAACAGUGGAGUUGGAAGAACUGAUCCUAGACCUGUUGGCGGUAUUGUUCCGGGGCUUAAUCAAACAUGCCCUUGAUCUCCAACACCCAGAAUUCUGGCCCUGGCCCCACCGUAACCUAGAGGUGUUUAAUGGUAUUCCCUGGCCCCACUGUAACCUAGAGAUGUUUAAUGGUAUUCCCUGGCCCCACCGUAACCUAGAGGUGUUUAAUGGUAUUCCCUGGCCCCACUGUAACCUAGAGAUGUUUAAUGGUAUUCCCUGGCCCCACCGUAACCUAGAGGUGUUUAAUGGUAUUCCCUGGCCCCACCGUAACCUAGAGGUGUUUAAUGGUAUUCCCUGGCCCCACCGUACCCUAGAGGUGUUUAAUGGUAUUCCCUGGCCCCACCGUACCCUAGAGGUGUUUAAUGGUAUUCCCUGGCCCCACCGUAACCUAGAGGUGUUUAAUGGUAUUCCCUGGCCCCACCGUAACCUAGAGGUGUUUAAUGGUAUUCCCUGGCCCCACCGUAACCUAGAGGUGUUUAAUGGUAUUCCCUGGCCCCACCGUAACCUAGAGGUGUUUAAUGGUAUUCCCUGGCCCCACCGUAACCUAGAGGUGUUUAAUGGUAUUCCCUGGCCCCACCAGCAGCUUUUGAACCUGACUCCUCCCUACUAGUCAGAAUGCUGUCCAAUCAGAAAGGUUUCCACUGUACACCAUAUUCAGGGUCCAUUAUGUCUGCUCCUCUCUCUCCUCCUACCAGAGGAGUGCUUCACAAGAUCUUUGACGAGGUGCUGCUGGUGGAUGUGUUGGACAGUGGAGAUGCAGCUCACCUGGCCCUGAUGAAGAGACCGGACCUGGGAGUCACCUUCACCAAGCUACACUGCUGGACUCUUACACACUACUCCAAAUGUGUCUUCAUGGACGCAGACACAAUGGUGAGAGAUAUGUGUAUAUGUAGAACUUUUGUAGGUGUGGAAUCGUAAGGUUGGGCUAAAUGUCCCUCAGUCUACACAAUUUGCACACGUUGAAUUUCCAUCUCAUAGAUGACAACCAUCUUCUGACCCACAUUAUCUUCAAUGGGAAAUGUUUUCCUGUCCUCCUGGUUAUCCAGGUAGCUAAUGUAUAGUUGACCUGUAUGUGUUUGUUGCAGGUGGUACAGAACGUGGAUGAGUUGUUUGACAGAGAGGAGCUGUCUGCGGCCCCGGACCCCGGCUGGCCAGACUGUUUCAACUCUGGCGUGUUCGUGUUCCGGCCCUCCAACGAGACGUACGGCAAGCUGCUC